UGAAAAUACUUACUUGAAUCUUUAAGGCAAGAAGGAGACCGGGAGGCCAGUUGUGAUGGCGCCCACGGGGGACGAGACCUACAUCGAUGGCCGCUUCACCGAAGAUGACGGCCAGUUCAUUCCCGCAUUGGGAGGAUCCUCCCCGCCGCCCGCAUACGAUGUGGCAGUGGCUGAGAGAGUUCAUCGAGCUCCAGCUUCCCAUCGUCUGGAUCAGAAUCCUCAAAUUAUUCCUGCUUUUCCAACGCCUCAGUAUGGGACUCAAGACCAGGGACACAUCAGCUCCUUCUCCCCCAAUUUCGCCCACGGCGGAUAUGCGGCCGUGAUUUCUGGGACUGGAAUGGCUGAGAUGGCUUGGGCACCGGGUCUAAUCGUCCAGGGGCCAAGCCCCCCGCCAUCACAUCAUUCAGCACAGUCAGUUCAGGUCAGCCACAAUCCGAGCACUCUUUCAUCGCCCAUUCUUAAUUCACCCGCUCAACAAUCGACAAAAUCUACAGCACCCACGAAUUCCAAAGAUACAUGGACUCCGGAGCAGAAUCGAUUCAUCCUCCGGCUCGACAAAGUCGAAGGAAAAUCCCUUCAGGAAAUCUCCGAUGCUCUCAAGCAUGUGUUCCACGUGGAGAGAGAUGCCGACACGAUUGCGAGACAACUAGCAUUUUUGCGGGCAAGAGGCAAAGCGUGGAGUGACGACCAACUCAAACAAGCAAUAGCAAAGACCAUACAACAGCUAAGCACAACAAUGUUUCAAGAACAGCUGUCUGUUACAGAAAACUUGGGCAGCAUUCAACAACCUGACAGCACUACAACCUCCACCGACACCCCCACUGCAAUAAAUGACGAGCAACUGGCUGAUGUUGGGUUGGCUGUGCGUCUGGAGCUGGAGCAGAGGCUAAGGGGCAGUUUAGUCGGUGCCAAUUUGGAGCAGAGAAUGUUGAGUGAGCAGAGGGAGCGGAAUGCCGAGUACAACGCUAUGAUGACGAUGGAUUUUGGAAAGGACUCAAUUGAGGAUUAUGAGAUUAUUUGAGAUCGUGACCGGGGGUUUGAUUUCCUUUUUUUUUUUUCUGGUUCCGAUUCGAUUCCUUUCUUGCUCUCGCUUUUUGUCUUGAUGGCUCUUUCUUUUCUACCUACUCCUUGUAGUUAUUGCUGUGUUUUUUUUUUCUUCAUGAUAGUUAGAGAUCACGC